AUGGAUGGUAUUAAGAGGAUAGGUCGUAAUCGUAUCUCUAUUGAGUUUAAGUCAGCUGACCACGCCAAUACCUUUUUGGACUUACCAGCAAUCAGUGCUGCGGGAUACAUAGCUUCGAUCCCCUCCUACAGCGUUUCUCGUAUGAGAGUUGUUAGAGAGGUGCCCGUUGAAUGGUCCAUGGAGGAGUUAGCAGAAAACUUAGAAAUCCCAAAUGAUUUGAGAGCAUUUGAUAACUUAACUACGCUACCCCUGGUACCACUGUCAAACCUCAGAACCCUAUGCUCCGGCGCUGCGGGAAGUGCAGCCCUUCCGCCCUUGCGUGCGAAAGCAAAAAAAAAUAAUUCUCGCAAACGCAAUACAUUAAUUAGGAUGAACAACAUUAAGACUGGUGGUGGUGGUCCAGAUUACAUACCUCCGGAUGAAGUCCUAGAUAAGGUAGCUACUUUGUUAGGCAAUAGGGUGGAUGGUUUCACUUUCGAAUAUGGUGGCGAUGCUGAACUUGUGCCGGAGCCAACAAACUGCUGGGUUUCUGCUAAUGUAAUUAUUGCUGAUGGUGGUGGUAGUGGGAGUGAUUUUGUUUUAGAACCACAAAUUAUAAAAUUAGAUGCCAGCUUCAUCUCCUGGUGUCAAGUUUUACAAAAUGACGUAUUAAAUGAUGCAGAAGACUCAGGAAAGUGUUCAGCAAAAGAACUGAAGAAAUAUUUAUUCACUCCUAGAGCUAGUGGUAUUGUAUUAUCUGCUUUUUUUAUAUUAUAGUAUAAUUUUCAGUUAAACCUUUAUAGACUACUUACUACUGCUGGUGCAGACCCGACAACUCAACUUUUUUUAAUAACUAUGAUCGGAUGGCAAGCAGAACAAGUAGUAAGCUUGAUGGUUUGCAUGAUGUUUGCUCUUAACUUUUAUUGCAAUCUUGGACUUAAGGGGGCUGUAAUAGAGGUUUUUGCUAACCCAUUAUGUUAGAUGUUUACAUAGAGUGGUAGACUGUAAGUCAUUAGCAAUUCAUAAUGAUACUAAAUCUCUGAACUCCUACAGGUUCCAAAAGAAAACUCUUCACCAAGGGUGAUAAAAACCGUUCUGCCAGAGAACUUGGAAAAGGUGUUAU